UUUUAAUAUUUUGUUUUCUAAAGAUGGCUGCAGCAGCUGUUGAUGUUAAUAAAGCAAUUACUGGUGACAAAGCCGCUCCAAUUCGUAAUUACAAUACACAGCCCCACCUAAUUUAUAAAACUGUUACUGGAGUUAAUGGGCCGUUGGUCAUUCUGGGAGAUGUGAAAUUUCCACAAUAUGAUGAAAUUGUUCGUUUAACUUUACCUGAUGGAACGAAACGAACUGGGCAAGUAUUGGAGGUUACAAAGGACAAAGCUGUUGUACAGGUUUUUGAGGGGACAUCAGGAAUUGAUGCUAAAAAUACUAUAUGUGAGUUUACUGGCACAAUUCUUCGAACUCCUGUCUCGGAAGAUAUGCUUGGGCGUGUGUUUAAUGGUUCUGGAAAGCCAAUUGAUAAAGGGCCAAAUGUGCUAGCUGAAGAUUAUUUGGAUAUUAACGGCCAGAUUGCUGCCCAAAUUGUACGACAAGGAGGGCUUGUAAAAUUGCCCAAUAAAAAACAUGGUGGAGAAGAAGGGGAGACUGAUGACUUUGCUAUCGUUUUUGCUGCAAUGGGUGUAAACAUGGAAACAGCACGAUUCUUCAAACAAGAUUUUGAAGAGAAUGGGUCUAUGGAGAAUGUCUGCCUCUUUCUCAAUUUGGCCAAUGACCCAACGAUCGAGCGAAUAAUCACCCCUCGAUUGGCUUUGACUUGUGCAGAAUUUCUGGCUUAUCAGUGUGGAAAACACGUCCUUGUCGUACUUACAGACAUGUCUUAUUAUGCUGAGGCGUUGCGUGAAGUCUCCGCUGCCCGAGAGGAAGUACCUGGACGUCGUGGAUUUCCUGGAUAUAUGUACACAAACUUGGCUACUAUUUAUGAGAGAGCUGGGCGAGUAGAAGGACGAAAAGGUUCUAUUACACAAAUUCCAAUUCUCAGUAUGCCAAACGACGAUAUUACCCACCCAAUUCCUGACUUGACUGGAUAUAUCACGGAAGGACAAAUUUACGUCGACCGACAACUUCAUAACCGACAAAUCUACCCACCCAUUAAUGUGCUCCCUUCACUUUCUCGAUUAAUGAAAUCGGCUAUAGGAGAAGGAAUGACACGUGAAGACCACGCUGAUGUAUCCAAUCAACUAUAUAUGUGCUAUGCAAUCGGAAAAGAUGUUUUGGCUAUGAAGGCUGUUGUCGGUGAAGAAGCUCUUUCUUCAGACGAUCUUCUUUAUUUGGAAUUUUUGACAAAAUUUGAAAAGAAUUUUAUCUCACAGGGUUAUUUAUUCUUUAAAUUAAUUUUAAAUAUUUUUAUAGGAAAUUAUGAGAACAGAACUAUUUUUGAUUCACUUGAUGUUGGCUGGCAACUUUUGCGUAUUUUUCCAAGAGAGAUGCUUAAACGAAUUCCAGCCAAAAUUCUUGAUAAAUACUAUCCGAGGGGUGGGACAACUUCAGUGAACAAAGAAUAA